AUGUUAGGAAAUAAUAAUCCAUCAUCAAUUAAUUAUUUGGAAAAUAAUUUAUCAGCAACAAGACAAUUUUCGAAAAGUAAUAAUUUAAAAUCUACUACUUCUCCUUCCAGUGAUGCUGCUGAUGAUUCAUAUUUCAAUAUUUCAGUUCAAAUUAAUCAGGAUGGUAUUCUGUUUAAGGAAUAUCCAUUUGCACUGAGUAGUGUAGGAAGAGGAAAUUCAAUUGUUCCAUUUCAAGCAAUUCGUGAAUUUAUUCUUGAUGAUUCAAAUCAUGCAGAGAUUAGAACACAUAAUAAUGAAAUUCUCUUUAUGAGAUGUGAUUUUAAUAUUGAGGAUUUGAAAAAAACAAACAUUCCAAUAUAUACAAGGCAGUCUAUUGAUCUGUGGUCAGAUAUUACUGAACCGUUCUUGGAUUCGAGCGUUCCUCAGGUUGAAGAGAAAGUGGAACAAUUAAUUUCUAGAUAUUCAAUUUCUAGAGAGGAAUGUGAAAAAUUAUAUUCAAUUAUUUCAGAGCCAGUGUUUGCCUACAAUUUUGAAACCAUGCUAUGGGAAUAUGUUUCUUUGGAUUUGGUUGAUGUAUUGUCAUCUUUGGAUAAAAAUUGUCCUCUCUCUCAAAAACCAUUAUCAGAAGAGAAAUUUAAAGAGUUUUACAAUUAUGCCAAUAAUUUUACACUGAAAUACGAAAAUAGAAAUGAUUUUACAAAGUAUACGGAAUAA